AUGAGUGCUCUCGUUCAGGCUGCAUUGUUCGCUGCUGGCGCCGUAGUGGGUGGAGGCGUUACAGCCGCUGUAUUUACCAAAAGGCAGACUCAACGCCCAGUCAUUGCUCCAACGGUAGAUGGAACUAUCGUUUCUCCUGCUGUCGCUACUGUUUCUCCUCCUGUAAUCGGCUUGGGAGCAAAUGGAAACGCGCAAAUAAGCAGCUUGGCUAGUGCCACCUCAUUAUCUUCAUCUGCUGUACUCAAAUAUGGGAAUCCAGGUCCAAUUGCCGAUCCUAUAGUAAGGCAAGCCUAUGUUGCAGCUUACGAUCGCAGACUUAGGCAUCCCGCUUGGACCGCAGAGCACCUGACAUUGGCUUCUCUGGGUAAAUCGCCCUUGGUUGCGCCUCCGGAUGCUACUGGAGAUAGGUCAAAGAGUACAUUCAUGGAAGACGAUACUAUCCCAGUCCCAUUCCGAGCUCGGUUGACAGAUUACCUGAGAAGUGGGUAUGACCGUGGACAUAUGGUUCCUGCUGCUGAUGCCAAAUUUUCCCAGGAAGCUAUGAACGAGACCUUCUAUUUAUCGAAUAUGGCUCCUCAGGUCGGCGAAGGUUUCAACCGACAUUAUUGGGCAUACUUGGAAGAUUGGUGCCGUCGUCUUACAGGAUCCUUCUCUGAUGUCUACGUCUUCACGGUUCCACUCUAUCUUCCCCGCCGAGACUCCGACGGGAAGUGGCGUAUCACUCACGAAGUGAUCGGUUCUCCACCGAACGUUUCCGUCCCAACACAUUUUGCAAAAGUUGUGCUUACUUCGAAGCCCGCCUCACCGUCGACUCCGAAUAUCCUUGAGCUCGCUAUGGGCGCUUUUGUUCUACCUAAUGCACCUAUCCCCGACGACACGCCAUUGGAAAAGUUUGUUAUGCCAGUGGAAGCUGUGGAACGCGCAGCUGGACUAGCUCUCUUCUCGGACGCAGUCAAGUCUACGUCCAAACAUAUUUGUCAAUCUACAAAAUGCGAGGUCAUCGUCAGAAGAUUCGAUGACGCGCGCAAAAGACCAGAUAUGAGGAGAACAAUUUCUGCCCCUAACUAG